AUGACUGGUCAAACCAAGCAUAUGGUCAGCAUUGAGAAAAGAACAAUGAGCCAUGAAGAAGUUGAGGAUAUUCUGCGUCCCAUGACUCCCCGUCCGGAGAUAGAGACUUCAGAUCACUUUUGGUAUAUUGUGAGCAGUGAGCCAUUCUUGUUCCCAGUUACACUCCUAAGUGGCGCUAUCUAUAAGAUUCCAAGCGUGGAGAUUCCUAAAUGA